UAACCUUUUGAAUCGUAAAAAAAUUAAUAAAUUUGUGAAUCCUGUCCUAAUUUAGAGGGGCGUCUUCAUUCCAUUAAUAUAAAUAGCAGAUCUGGAUUAUCGGAAAUCAGUACAGAUCUUCAUCUCGAACUCUGAACAUCACCAUGGCUUUCAAACUCAUCGCUCUGUUCGCUUUCGUAGCUGCCGCUUCUGCAGCAGCAGAUUUGCCUAAUGGUCAAAUCAUUGCCGAGCAAGAAGCUCCAGCCCACUACAACUUCGAGUACAAAGUGAGUGAUCCAACAACUGGAGAUGAGAAACACCAAGAAGAAAGCCGUGAAGGAGAUGCAGUUCGUGGUAGUUACUCCUUGGUUGAAGCUGAUGGCUCUAGACGUAUUGUAGAAUACUCUGCCGAUGACAUCAAUGGAUUCCAAGCUGUAGUACACAAAGAACCAGCUGGUGCCCCUCUUCCCGCUCCAUCUCCAGUAGUAGCUAGAGUAGUGAAACCAGUUGUAGCUCCAAUCCACGCUAUCGCUCCAGUAGCUACUGCUCCUUUGGUCACCAAAUUCUCUGGUGUACCAUCCAUCAGGGCAUACAACCCAUACUACGCUGGAUUCGCUAACCCCUACGCCGGAUACGUACAGCCAUACUCUGGAUACUCUCACCCAUACAAUGCUUACAACACUUACAACAGAUACAACAAUCUGUACCACUACUAAAUGACAAUGACUGCUGAUAUUUGAUUUGUAUAUUUGUAUAAUAAAAUGAAAGUAUGAAUUAA